AUGAGCCUCCUGAAGGAGCGGAAGCCCAAAAAGCCGCACUACAUCCCGCGGCCGCCUGGGAAGCCUUUCAAGUACAAGUGCUUCCAGUGCCCCUUCACCUGCAAUGAGAAGUCACACCUCUUCAACCACAUGAAGUAUGGCCUUUGCAAGAACUCCAUCACCCUGGUGUCCGAGCAGGACCGCAGCCCCAAAGGGCCCAAGGCCAGUGGCCUGGACCCCAAGCAGCCCCACCCCCCGGACCCCACAGCCAAGCCCCUCCCCCACAGCCUGCCAAACUUCGAGCCCCGGCUUCAUGGCCUGGUCCCAGACGACACCAAGGAGAACCUGGAGCUACGAGUACGGGGGCCCCACAAGGGCCCUGGACCCAAGUCUGCCCCCCACAGAGAAGUGGCACCUCGGAGCCCUGUCCCCGACGCGGCCCUGAGCGCCCCACCCCUCCUGGACAGUGCAGCCCGGCCUUCUGCCUUUGUGCCUGUUGGGGAGCACAGGCUCAAAGGGCCGGAGCGUCCCGAGGCCCCUGAGACAGCAGCCCUGCCCAGUCCCCCUGCCAAGACCUCCCCCUUCCACGCCAAGUCGGCCUUUCACGCACCAGGCUAUCCCUGGAAGGCCGGCACACCCUUCCUGCCCCCUGACUUUUCGCAAAAAGUGCCAUCAACCAAGGGACUCAGCGCCAUGUCCCCGUUCCUGCACCCCACCGUCCCAGAGUACCCACCCCACUUCUAUUCCGAGCAUGGCCUGGCUACCAUCUACUCGCCCUACCUGCUCACAGGGGGCACACCGGAGUGUGACAGUCCCUUGGUACCCGUCUACGGAGCACAGGACCACAGACACCUCCUGCCCCCGCCCGGGCCGCUGCCCACUGCGUAUGACCACUACCGGCUCCUCCAGCAGUACCACUCAAGCCUGUCACUCCCAUACGGCUUCUACAGGCCCGAGCCAGCCCUGUCCUCCUACGGCCUCCGGCUGCCACCCCUCCCAGGGAUGGCCCGGGACCCGGGCCCACACCUCCUGGAGGAGGCCGCCCUGCUCUACCCGGCCUCCAGCCCACCCAAGCUCCACACCAACUCCCACAAGAAAUAUGCAGAGUUUGAGAAAAAAAGUCCGACUCCUGAGGCCCAAGAGUCUUCCAAGGAGGGGCAGAGGGACGCAGAAGGGGCCAAGAUGAGCCCCAGAGCAGGCAGCGCAGCAACGGGCUCCCCAGGAAGGCCCAGCCCCACCAACUUCACUCAGACAGGCCAGCAGGGAGCCUCCGACCACACACCCCACCCACCUGAAGAGAGCCCCACCACCUCCCAGCCCACGGGCCACAGCCCCAGCCAGCCACACCCCCAAGGUCUGGCCAGCGCAGCUGAAUCCCCACACAGCCUUGAUGGUGCACAACCGGACCCCUGGGCCCAGUCAGGGAGGCACAGUCCAGAUAUGGAACCCUCCCCAUCCAGCCCCGAGGACAGCUCUGGGAUCACUCCACUGAACCUGUGCAAGAGAACAGAGCACAGCCACGGCAGCAGCAGCCUUCGCGAGCCCCAGGACAUGCCGCUCAACCUAUCGGUGAAGGACGCCUGCAAUGCCCGCACCCUGCCGUCCUUUCACAGCCCCCAGCCAGAGGUGGAACUUGCUGCUGCUCCUGCUGCUGCUGCUGCUCCAAAGACAGAAACCGAAGGUUCCGGAGACGAGCCGAAACACCCCAGGAGCAGCCCCACCAGUACGGACUCGGAUGGAGCGCCCUCCACAACUCCCAGGGGGAAGGCCAGGGACACCCUUGCAGUGGACAGCAGCGAAGAGCAGAAGCAGACGGCAGCCGUGGCCCUCUGCCAGCUGGCGGCCUACAGCCCCGGGAAUGUUCGGCCAGGGGAGGGCGAGCCCCCACACAGCCCCAGCCCCAAGGAGAGCCAAGAGGCUCCCAGUGAUCUCAGACCCAAGGGACAAAAGAGGACCAGUCCAAGGGAAGCGGGAAAGUCCCAGCAAGGAAGCAAGAAGCCAAAGGCAAACGGCACAACCCGGGUGUUCACUCUGCGGAAAAGAACGCGGCUGUCCUAG